CCUGCAGAAGCUGAUGGACCAAUAAAGCAUGCAGAACCUGAUCGAUUAGGCUCGUUUUCAGGCUUGUUUUAGGCUAUAAAUCGAUUAGUGUGCACAGAUUAGGAGCUGACGACAUGGUUUCAGCUGCAUAUUUGUCGUUUUUCUGCAUGAUUUCGUCGGUGGGAGCUGCUAAAACCGGUGGGGACGAUGACUGGGUUUACCUCCCCAACAAAUGUGAAGUGUGUAAGUUCGUCAGCAUCGAGAUGAAGUCGGCGUUCGAUGAGACGGGGAAAACCAAGGAGGUCAUCGGCAGGAACUACCGCUUCAUCGACAGCAAGGGGGCGCCGCCCAUCAAAUACGUGAAGUCAGACCUGAGAUUCAUCGAGGUUAUAGAGAAUGUGUGUCAGAGGCUGCUGGGAUACAAUCUGCACAAAGAGAGAACUGGAAGUAACCGCUUCGCCAAGGGCAUGUCGGAGACGUUCUCCACGCUUCACGGUUUGGUGAAUAAAGGAGUGAACGUGGUGAUGGACAUCCCCUUUGAGCUGUGGAACGAGACGUCUGCAGAAGUGGCCGACCUCAAAAAACAGUGUGACGUGUUGAUAGAGAGGUAUGAGGACGUGAUUGAGGACUGGUACAAAGGAAACCAGGAGGAAGACCUGACCACCUAUCUGUGUGAGAAGCACGUCCUCAAAGGACAAGAUAAAGCCUGCCUGAACGAGGAGUGGACCCCGAAGAAGAAGGGCGACCAGGCGGCCAUAGCGGAGGACAAGAAGAAGAAGAAGAAGAAGAAGGGGGGGAGGAAGGGGGAGGGAGGGGACGGCGGGUCGGAGGGGGAGAAACCCACCAAGAAGAAGAAGAGCGAGAAGAAGAGCGAGAAGAAGGCCAAGAAGAAGAAAAAGAGCAAAGCCCCGGUGGAGAGAGCGGACGGAGGGGCGUCGUCGGACGAGGAGGUCCAGCCGAGGGUGCCUCUGUCUGGGCAGAAGACGGAGCUGUGACACCCCCCUCUGGUUCUCCCCCUCUGGAUCUGGAUCAGCUCUUUUAAUUCAAACUUAACGAUUAGUAAAAACAAGUUUGCAGCUUUCAACUGAGGUUUAAGUGGCUGAUUUUGCUGAAUGAGAUCUUGUUCUGUUACACGCUGUUUUCAUAUCUUUUCUUUCAGUUUUUAAGGCUUACUUUUGUCAUUUCUGGGCAAAUUCAUGUCUAUCUUGAUGUCGCUUUCCACCUCAAUUAAUAACUUUAUCUUCCCUUCAGAGUAAUUUGCAAUUUAAUACAAACCUGGGUGAUAUUUUGGUACUUUUGGCAUUCGUUUCUAUCAAUUAUUAUGACAGCUGAGAUCUUGAAAAUCAAACUGGUCGUAAACAGACAAACUUUUAGAUAAUUAAUGAACUCAAAAAAGAACAGAUUCCUCAACAAAAUGAUUCACGAACAGUUUUGACAGUGGAUUAAUAGUUUAAAACAUUUGAAAAAACAAAAAUAAUCAGUGUUUCUCUGGAUUAUAUGAUUAUUAAUUAAAUAUCUUUGGGUUUGAGACUUUUGAAAUGUGAAAACGUCACCUUGGGCUCUGGGAACUUCUGAUUUUCACCAUUCUAUCAACAAGAAUGUAUCGAUUUAAGACAAAAAAAUCAUGAAUUUAAUCAUAAAUUGCAGGGUAAUACGGAGAAAAUCUGAUAUUUCCAUAUUUUCAGAUCAAAUACCUCAAUAUUCCAUAUUAUAAAGUGGAUUAUUGGGGAUUUUAUUAAAUAUUUACACAAUGAGAACAUGCUGGUGAGUUCAGAAAAUUAAUUAACUUUACUGUAAUUGAAUGUUUGAAAACAGGAAAAGAUGUUUGAUCCAUAUCACAAUAUCUCAGCUCUAUGAUUUCUAGUCUCAUAUCACGAUAUUGAUAAAAUAUUGAUAUUCUGCCGAGCCCGAACUGGUUCUCUAAAAUGUAGGAGCUUCAGGUCUACAGGGUAUUUAAUGUCCGUUAUUUCUUUUUUCCUCUCUGUUGAAUGUAGAUUUGUGUCUCAUCAUAAUGUGAAUUUAUAUGUUUUAUCUCAUUUCUGCUGUUUUUUAAAAGUCCUGUAUUUGCCCUUUAAAGAGUAUUACAACAGGUGACUACACCUUUUUUUUUAAAUGUCAUUGAUUUCUGUUUCUGUAUUUUCUUUUUCCAUUUAUUGUUUUGUCUCUGUUUGUGUGUGUGUGCUGCACAACAGCUGCUAUUUAAGGUGUGUGUGUGUGUGUGUGUGUUGCUGUGUGUGUGUGUGUGUGUGUGUGUGUGUGUGUGUGUGUGUGUG